AUGUUUGCUAAAUCUCUCCUGCUUUCUCUCUUGACCGUCUCGGUCGCCAAUGCCCACUUCACCCUCCGUUAUCCUGAACCCUUAGGCAAAUCCGCCGCCAAACAAGACCAAGGCCCAUGUGGUGGUUAUAGUAUCGAUGGCAAUACACCCGUCACUCAAUUCCACGUCGAUGGUGAUGCAGUCGCCUACGCUUCUUCCCAUCCUUCGGUUAAGGUUCUGUUCCGUAUAAUUGAGGGUAACUCUCCCGAUGGCCCGAAUUCGUUCAAGGGAUUUCCCAUCGUCGAGCAGUAUGGUUCUGGUGAUUUCUGCGAACCAAAAGUAACGGCACCCAAGAAUUUGGUCGGGAAGCAAGGGAUCGUCCAAGUUGUGCAGAAUGCAGUUGAUGGAAUGUUGUAUGCUUGCGCCUAUGUCAAAUUCGUCAGUGGUGUCAACUCGAACCUUCCGGACACUUGCAAGAACGGCACCGGUGUCGACGCUGAUUUCGCGGAUGAUGCUUCCUUGGAAGCGCUCUUCAGUAGCUCGACUGAUACACCCACAGGCUCUGGAUCUACUCCCGCCCCAACUACAUCAAACCCCCCUUCAGCUGGUAGCUUGAAGAGCUUUUCUAUGGUCGCUGGUGUCGUUGGUAUUGCCGUCGCCGUCCUCGGUGGGUUGUAA